GUAAUGUAGCCAAGUCCAAGAUUGCAUCGUUGGUUGCCGAUGUCUUUUCCAACACUGAGGUAGCAGAAAACAAGGUUGUGAAAGUGUACUCGGAUCCCAAUGCUCCCUUGAAGCGUGUAGAUGAACUUUUCAACACUAUUCCUGAGGAUGGAAGAAGGAAAGCCUAUGCUGAAAUGCAGGUAAAAGCAAAGGCAGAGGAAGAGGCAAGAGUGGCUGCUGAGAAGGCCCGUGAAGCUGCUGAUUCAGCAAAGAAGCUGGAAGAAGAGGUGAAAAAGCUUUCCCAGCAAGAAGCACUGGCUGCUAGUUUAGCUCAAGAGGCCCAAGAGAAGGCAGAUGCAGCUGGGGCUUCAGUGGAAACCCUUUUGAACAAGGCAAAGGGUUUUGGUGCAGGGUUUUCCUGGGAAAAGUUGAGCACACAGAUUACCACUUCAAUCCAAAAACCUGAUGGUGAGGAAGAGAAACCAAAGGUGCAGCUAGCCACUGUAAGGGGACAGGCCAAGGCUCGGAAUCUGGCCCCCAACAAAGCAGUGGUUAAGCAAGCAACUCCGAGAAGGGCUGCUAGUAAACCAAAGGAGGAAAAACCAAAGCAGGCAGAGACAGCAAAGGAAGUGAGGAAUGUAUUUGGUGGCCUGUUCAAGCAAGAGACUAUCUAUGUUGAUGAUGACUAGUGGAGGCGGAGCAUCUUAUCUUGCACGGCAUAAAACUAUGUUGUUUGAGUCUGUGUUACCGUAGAUAAUUUGGUUGCAUGUGUAUGGUCUUGUAAAGUUCUAUGUUUUGAAGCAGGAUAUUUAUUUAGUUGUAUUGUACUGGUUCAGAACCCUGUUUUCGGGGGAAAACAAUAAAAGGGUUUUCCCUUAUCUUCUCUGCUCUCGUUAAUUCUUAUAAAUUUGAUGAUUGUAAGGUGAAAGUUGUUGACUUUUAUGUACACUAAUUUGGUA